UCGAUAGCUGUAAAUACCAGGAAGUAUAUGUCAGUACAGACUCUUAACAUCCAAACAAUACCCCCACAUCUGUAAACGGUGCCCUGACGCGAGGACGCUGAUACGUGAUACUCCCUCAACGAUGCUUUUGCACAUAUAUAUCCUGUAUUUAACAGUGGCUCUGGUAACAGGUGGAUUACGUCUUGCAAGGGAUUGCCAGCUAUGUCAGUGUUCGGAAACCAGUGACACAAUCACUGCCGACUGUACAAACCGAAACUUGUCAUCCGUUCCCAGCAAACUUCCGCACAAUACCACGAACUUGACACUGGCUCAUAACAAAAUUUGGUGCAUUGGCAAGGGAUUGAGAAACUACACAUUCCUAAAGCGACUUGAUUUAUCAUUCAAUAACCUGAAUCAACUUGGUCGUGAUGACUUUGCCGGACUUUCUGAGUUGCAGGUUCUCAAUCUCAGUGACAAUCAAUUACGUCUGUCCAAAAAGGUUUACCCAUUGGGUUUGUUCCGCUCCCAGAAAAAACUACGGGUGCUGACAGUGAAUAACAAUCAUCCACCAAAAAAGGUAGCCCAUUUGAAUGAUCCACUACAGUACCCAGAUGGAACCUUUAAAGAUUUGGUUUCCCUUGAGGAACUUCACAUAGAUGGGCUCAGGAAUCCAGUGUUUGGAGAAGGAUUUAAAUACACCAAUAUCACAAGGCUGGUGAUUGGAGGGAUUUGUGACAUGAGACACGUGUCAAAUGUAACAUUCCUCUAUUUGAGGGGAAUAACGCACCUCGAUAUUACAAAUUGUGAAAUAACUGAUAUUGGUCAAUCUGCAUUUGAGCAUCUCCAUAACAUUCACACGUUAGACUUGUCCAACAAUCCCUAUCUUGGUUUGGACAAGGCUAGUGCGAGUUUGUACGGUCUUCGUAAUUCUUCAUUGAAAAUUCUAAAAGCAAAUAAAAUUGACAGAUAUCAGGGAACUGGCAUUCUCGUAUCUGUGGAACAUGUAAAAUAUAUGUCUGAUAUGGUCCUUGAGGAAUUACAUCUAGACGACAACCGGAUAGAAUUACUGGAUCCUCGAGUGCCCCCCCUCAUGCCUAAAACCCUUAAAACUGUUUCCAUGCGAAAAAACAUGUUUUUGUUUGGUAUUUACCUUCUAACAAUGACAUCAAUGUCCAACCUGCAGUUUUUGGAUGUUUCUUCAGCUCAUUGGUCUCAUGCUCGUCCAUUUUCAGUAGAGGCAAAAGCUCACCUUGCUUCUAUCCUCACAAACCCUCAUAUGGAUUAUGCUGACAUCUCACGACAUGACGAAAGUUGCAAUACAGUUUGCUCUGUCGCCAACUCAAAUAAACAUGAUUUUUCUCAAUUUGGAGGUAUUUCUGUUGAUGACAUACCGUGGCCGGGAAAUUUCACCAUUAAUAUUCCACUGAAUGCAACACAUGGAAACGCCAGCAACUCAAAACUGAGUUACAUCAUUCCUAGAAUUACCUUUGGUGAAAACAGAUUGAAGGUUUUGGAUCUGUCUUAUAAUUUCUUUACACAGUGGUCUGGGCCGAUUAUCGGGCUUCGUCAUCUGGAAUUCAUUGAUGGAUCGCACAAUUAUUGUGACUUUAUAAGCAUACACUUCUGUGAUGAUUUCCUUUCCUUGAGAAUACUGAACAUCAGCUACAAUUAUCUUGGCUACUCUUUACAGAAUGAAACAUUUCGUAAGCUAUCCAAUCUUGAACAUCUGGACCUAUCAAAUAAUAAACUAAAUACUCUUCCUAGGGACAUUUUUAAGGGCUUAGAAUGUCUCAAAUACCUGAGUGUUCGGUCCAAUUAUUUGAAUACGUGGAAUGCCAAUAUUGGGGAUCUGAGGAAUCUGAAACUUUUGGACCUCUCUGAAAAUCUCUUUGAGCAGCUUGAUGUAACCUUUAGAAAUCAGAUUGAUGACAAUAAAAGCAAAGGAUUGCUUAUAGUGCUUCAAAAGAACCGAUGGAGAUGUACAUGUGAGACGCUGAGCUUCUUAAAGUGGCUAAACAUUAAAGGCAGUAGUGUUCAUGAUAUGGAGGAACUAUCCUGUACAGAGGUAGAUGGUGGCGAAAAGAACAUGGCCAAUCUACCAGAAAUCAUCAUGGAACUGGAGAAGAACUGUGCAUCCUACACUGGGGUGGUGAUAGGGAUGGUCAGUCUCAUUAUGCUGGUCUUGGCAUUAACCGUGACAGGCGUCGUGUACAGAUACAGGUGGAAACUGAGGUACCUCUACUACAUUGCCCGGAACAGACACAGAGGGUACCUGCCUGCUGUAGAGGCGGAACAGGAGUUCGAGUUUGAUGCCUUCAUAUCCUACGCUGACGAGGACCGUGGACUUGUGGUAAGGGGCAUGAGGCAGAAGCUUGAAGAAAUACAAGGACUAAAGCUCUGUAUCCAUCACCGAGAUUUCCUCGUUGGAGAGGCUAUUGCAGCCAACAUCCUGAACGCUGUCAAAUCCAGCAGAAAGACUGUGAUCAUCCUGUCCAGACACUUCUUGAGGAGCUACUGGUGUAAGUACGAAGUUGAGAUGGCCAAGAUGGAGAGUAUCUACACUGGACGGAACGCACUGCUGGUCGUAGUCCUAGAGAACAUCCCUGUGAAGGACCUGCCUCCCGAUAUUGUGGAGUUGAUGCGUCAAGAUUCCUAUGUAGAGUACACGGAUGAUCUGGAUGGUCAAGAAGUGUUCUGGCAGAAACUGGAUCGAGCAAUACGUGUUUCCUAGAACGACUUCUCUAUUUGAAAAAAAUGGGACCAAUCAUUUAAUAUGCUUAAGAUAUACAUCUUUUCUCUGAAAGGAGGAGUCCAAACACAUCUUUUACAGACUUCAGACAUUAAACACAAGGCUAAAUAAGUUUUCCAAGCAUUUUGUGCGACAGUUUAAUAAACGAAAAACAAUCUAUCUUUAUGUGUUGACAUGAGCCUUAAAUAUCAGAAACCAUCGGGCACAACAUACGUCAAAUCUCUCUUCAAAUCAAGUUUCCUUUACACCCACAGCAUGAGUUGGAUUACUGCAAUUCACUUUUCUUCAACAUCUCAUCAGCUUGUGUUUUAUCGUUUUCUGCAAUCCCUUCAUUGGCACCCAGUGAGGCCAAUCUGUUCUGCACAUCUUCUUUUUGUGUAAAUUGUUGUAUAUAUUAUGAGGAUCGUUAAGCAUCUUAUUAUUGAUAUU